AAACCCCGGGGAAGUGGGCCGGCUGGGGGGCGGAGAGAGAGAAAUCCAGAACCAUGAGCCACCCGGAGCUCCCCGACACCCCGGCAGGAGCCGCCGCCGAACCCGAGGCUGAGGCCCAGGCCGACGCCGAGCCCGACGCCAAGCUCCUCCACACCAAGAGGCUGUACCGGGCUGUGGUGGAGGCUGUUCAUCGACUCGAUGUCAUCGUUUGCAACAAGACUGCUUACCGUGAGGUGUUUAAACCCGAAAACAUCAGCCUGCGGAACAGGCUGAGGGAGCUCUGCGUGAAGCUCAUGUUUCUCCAUCCCGUGGACUACGGGCGGAAGGCUGAGGAACUGCUUUGGAGGAAGGUUUACUAUGAGGUCAUCCAGCUCAUCAAAACCAACAAAAAGGUCAGCAACCCGGGCUCGACAGCAGGCUGUGUCG